CUCAGAUGUAAGCCCAGUUUACACUCACGAGUCUACGAUGAGAGCUCUGAAGCGUGGUGCAAAUAACACCUGGGAGAUCACGAAGGUUGAAGACCACACAGGAGAAACGAGGGAGCUAUCAGUCAUUGACGCAGCUCGAUCUCCAGAUUUAAUACAAAAUGUUCUUUAUAAUGAUGGGACUGAAAAUGUUGUUUCUAGGAUAAUUUGCGUUCCCUACAUCGAUGAAUAUACAUGUGCCACAUUACUUCUCGAUGACGUAUCUGACGAGAGAUUUGCAUACUUAAACGGAAUCUACACCACCACGGAUACUACACGGCUCAAUCACAGACCUGUAUACCAAUGGACCAGAGAUAUAAAUGGAGACACGUCCGACCAGGAAUCGUUAUUUCUGUAUUUUUUGUCCAGUACAUCAGAAUGGGU